AGGUCAACCAGGUGAACCAGGUGCAGGUCGUACAUGCUGUAUUGAUAAGCGUGUUCGUUUCCUUCAGUUCAUCAGUUCUCUAUAUCAUCAUUUGUUUGAUACGUACUGUUUCCUCUAGUGAACAGUUGAAAGAACGGUCCCUCUGAGUUACACGUUACACUAGUUUUCAGUCGAAAAGUGCACUUUCAAAGGUACCUCAUCAAUUAGUUAUUCAGAAACUCUCUGAUACUUAAGUCACAAUGCUAGCGACCGAGAAGGGUACAUCCUUGGAAAACAAAGUUGACCAAAUUCUGGACAUGAUGCGAAUACUCAACGCAAGGCAGUUGAACUUUGCUCAGCGAUUGAACCAGAUAACAGCAUUGGUUAGCAACCACAAUGAACAAGCUCCACCCGCAGAAUCCAAAGCAACCAAAGCUCCUGCAGAAAAGGAGCAUGCAAAUCCUGCCACAACACCUGGUUUAGAGUCACCAUUGCCAACCACAGAGCACUUGAGGAAGGAGUCCAGUACCCAAACUACACUGCCAAACCUACCAGAAGCCCUGGAAAAUGAUUCCACAGCCUUAGUAAACCAGCUGAUCCCAUUUGACGAAGAAAUUGUGGAUGUUGUGGCUAAGAAAUUCAUAAAAAGUAAAUGUGAUUCGUGGAGACUUGCUGAUACCAUCAUCCAAAAGGCUAUUAACGAUCCUGAAUGCAGUAUUGCUUGUGCCGCACUAAGCAGAAAGUUGACGAGGGAUUUCGAUCAUAGGUUCCAGACAUUCCUCGAGGAAUGCUGCUCCGAAAAGUUUGACUUUUUCAACUGGAAACCAAAUAAAACUAGCUGCAAAGAUAAUGAUAACAACUCUCUACGGGCAAAAUUACGGACAAAGCUGGCAUCUUUACCUGAGGGAGAAGACGAAAAAAUUGUCAAGAUGAAGCAGAUGCGUCUUUACAGAUUUUUUGGCCACCUAUUCUUACAGUAUAUGCUUAGUUAUGAAUUUAUGGAUAAAGUUUUUUUCUAUUUGCUGCGACAAAGGAGAGAUAUCUAUAUUGAAACAUUGUGUGCAUUACUAUCCAGUAUAGGCAAACAACACAGCAUUCAAACCUCAAGAUAUAAUAAGCCAGAAUAUGCAUUAGAUCCAAUUAUGGAAGAGCUGUACAAACUUGUUGAGUCAAAUGAUGGGAAUGCUACAAAUGAUCAGAAAUUAUCCCCAAAGUGUGUGAACUCGAUGCUUUUGGUUUUGAAAAAAUGGAGCAAUGACUGGAAUUGAAAAAUACUAUGUGAAUGUGAUACCUACCCUACCAAUAAGUGAGUCCUCAAAUUGCAAUGUCAGCCUUUCACCCCUUGUUUAACAGGGCUGUUUUGCAUUCCAUCUAAUUAAAUCUACUUUUUUUAUAAAGUUUUCAUCAAAUGAAAGUAUUUUAUUCAUGAUAUCACAAGCUUCUGUAAAAUAAAGUCUUAUAGGUACUUAGGUAAUGCGCUGACACUGCCUGUAAUAUGCCUAUCAUCCCUCUCAACUCAUAUAUUUAAUUGCUUAAUCACUGUACUCAUUCUUUUAUAUCACCCAUUCAAUUAUUAGUUGCGUUUUUUACAGUUCAUAAAUAUUUUAUGUGUUAUUUUUAUAAAUAAAUGUUUAAUUUGUUCA